AUGUGCAUCUCAGGAAGGAGUACGAGCUCGUCUCGUCAUCACGAAUCGAGCGGGGCUGUACAGAUACAGGGUCCGGACGUGCUGCGAGUGGUGGAUUUCUACAGCAGCGCGCCGCAGUUUGCCUUCGUCCGCCGCGCGGGAGUGCUCCUCAGCGUCGACACGGACAAGACUGACGAGCUCGAGCUCCACACCGCGGUCGUCAACGCCUGCUCUUCACUGCCGCAGGAUGUUUUUGUGGUGGACUACACGAGCAGGGUAGACCUGUGCUCGCAUCCGGGCCACUACGUCGUCUACUGGGAGCUCUCCUUGCCGGGAGGGGAGCGUCGCCCAGUUCAAGGUGCUAGAGAUCCUGCCAUGAUCGACAUCAUUGUCAAGAGCAUACGAGCAACACAGAUUCCUUUCGAGGCUCUAAAUUCCCUCUUUAGAUUUGGUACAUCGGCAAACAUGUUUCCUGAAGGUAUGGCAGUGGCACAGGCAAAUCGUGCAGCAAUUCAGCAACUUAAACCGAGAAGAGGCCUUGAUGUAGCUCUGCGAUCCGUUGCGCUCGACUAA